GGGGUACCUGAAGGCGGCGUCAGCCUUCUCCUCAGCCUGUCCAUCCAUCCGUUCACCGGUCUACUAUCGUGUGUGUGUGAGAGGAGCAAAGCCUCAUUCUCCUCCUUUCUUCCUUUCAGGGAACGCGCAUCACUUGUGAAAAACGACGCUUGAGACCUAGAAGUUUUUUUUUGUCUGACGUCUCGGCUCUAUUUGCUCAGCUCUCCCGCCCCUCAUUCCCGGUUUCGUUUUUAAUUCCCAUCCUCACUUUCUGUCGUUAUUUUUUGCCGGACUCGAGGAUCCAGUCUGGGUGUACCGGCUAACACUUGGGCGUAGCUGGAGAGGAUUUUGCUAGCUCGUCGCUGCACUAACCGACUAACCCUUAACAUCUGCAGAACGCAUCUUGACCUGUGGCCGUCCCGCGCAACUUACCCCAGUCAGCCCUGCCUUGCAGUGUCAGACCACGGCCAUUCGAGGGGAGAUGAAGCCGGAUGGGGUUGCCACGGCAGCGCUGGAGCCAAUGGAAACAUUGGAAUCCAAUCCCGUGAAUGAUGGCGCACCACCCGGGGACCAGGAGCCCAAUCAGGCAGCCAGCGGGGUGGCAGAGGUGAUGCCACAGCAGCUGGGGGGUGAAGGAGAUCAGGAAAAACCACAGGGAGACCAGGCCAAGGAAACCCCAGCUGCCAAGACCAACAACAAGACCUCGGGAGACCCCAAAGCCAAGAGUACCAACAAGACCGCGACCAAGACGAAACCCGGCAACACCACUCAAAGCAAGGCUGCAACCGGCUCACGGCCCAACACAUCGCAGAGCCGCGUCGCAAAUGGUGUGUCCAAACCUCAGACCAACGGUGUUGCUAAGAAGACCACGCCUGCAGCGGACAAAAAGAGCACCCUGACCUCAGCUUUGUCGAAAAAACCAACAGGAACUGCCGGCGCCCCAGCCUCCAAAACAUUGGCUAAAGUGUCUGAGAAGAAAGCCACAGGGGCCGCUCCUGCCACCAACGGCGCAAAGUCAACCACCGGAACGACAGCAGCCAAAAAGACCCCAUCCACAAAUGCUAAUGGUGUCAAAUCCAAUACCGCUGCAGCAGCAGCAGCUAAAAAGCCCCCAGCUCCCAAGCCUGCCUCCACCAAGCCCGGCUCUGUUGCCUCACCCAAACCUGAUAAGCCCCCCGUUUCCAAGACAACCAGGCCUACAACCGGCACAACUUCAUCCCCUCGUCCUGCCACGGGCUCAUCUCGGCCACCUACUAGCAGCAACGCCAAGAGCUCCCCUGCUACAACCAAACCUGCCACUCCUAAAACUCCCUCUGCCGCCGCCAAGCCGGCUACCCCCAAACCAACCUCCACUACCCCCUCUGGUGGCAAACCUCCAUCUCAAACAUCCAAAACCACAACCCUUGUGAAAAAAGAUGUCACCAAACCCUCCACGCCAGCAGCCAAAAAGCCUGCAGACUCCCCCCUUACUCGCCCUUCUUCUACAACGAAGUCGGCAAAAUCCGAGACUUCCAAGUCCGCUUCAAAAUCAGAGGUCACUGCCAAAAAGCCUGCUACUAACAAGCCAGCAGACACCAAAACACCUAACCGCCCCAAAACACAAGAAAGCAAGCCUACACCAGCUAAGACUCCUGGCUCCAAAACCAAGACCUCCAGCCCCAAGAAAACUGUGGGAAGCAGCACACCAACUCCUGUUAAACGCGCCCCUAAAGCUGCCACAGCCGCUGAACCUGAAAAGGAAGUUGCCGCAGCUGUAGCUGCUGCAGCAGCGAUUGCUGCCACAGCAGCUGUUAUUGCUGUGCCAGAACAACCAGAGCCUCCUGCAGAACUAGCUGUGGAGCCAUCCAUUACAACUCCUGAAGAAAAAUCAGCAGAGCUCACACCAGAACCAGAACUAGUCUGUGCACCAGUGGCUGAAUCAGUUUGUGAACCAAAACUAGAACCCGCACGGGAAUCCAUACCAGAACCCGCCAGGGAACCUACACCAGAACCUGCAAGAGAACCCACACCAGAGCCUGUCAGGGAAUCCACUCCAGUAUCUGUAAGAGAACCCACACCAGAGCCUGUCAGGGAACCUACACUAGAACCUGCAAGAGAACCCACACCAGAGCCUGUUAGGGAACCCACUCCAGUAUCUGUAAGAGAACCCACACCAGAGCCUGUCAGGGAACCUACACCAGAACCUGUUAGGGAACCCACACCAGAACCUGCAAGGGAACCCACACCAGAACCUGCAAGGGAACCUACACCAGAACCUGUAAGAGAACUUACUCCAGAGCCUGUCAGGGAACCUUCACCAGAGCCCGUAAGAGAACCAACACCAGAACCUGUACAAGAACUAAUUUCACAUCAAGAAGAAGAACCAUCCCCCGAGGCAUCUGUAGAUCUCCUGUCUGACCCACCAGCAGAGGAGGAGGCAGAACCGGUCCAUGAAGCAGUGUGUGGUGUUCAGCUCCCUGCACAGAUAGAUCCUUUCAAAUUUGAGGAGCCUGCCAACGACUCCCUGGGUACUACAGUCAUGUCUCCUCCUUGUUCCCCACAAGGCCCUGCUUCUCCUGUCAGAGACCAACAGAAUGCCUACUCUCUCCUGGGCACCCAUGUCCACUCUGAUCCCUGGAACAUAAACCAAAGCCCAAGCAGUAUGAUGAACUUCCAGAGAGAAGAGGAACAGUGCCAGCAGUUUGAGGCUCAGGAGACACAAGAGGAGGAAGAGGACGAAGAGCAGGAAGAAGAAGAGAAGGAAAACUUGUUUAUGCAUACCCCCGCAGCUCCCGAGGCCUUUAAUAACACAGUGCAACCUCACUUAUUGGGUGCCUCCCCUCUGGAUGAUUUCAGCCCCAGAGGCCUGAUCUCUCCUCAUGAAAAGGAGGAGGCCGUGGAAAAGGCUGAUGAGGAAAUCAACGAGGAUGAUGAUGAGGAAGAGGAUGAUGAUGAUGAAGAACAAAGGAGACUGGGCUAUCAGCCUUCAUCUUUGAUCACUGACAUGAGCACGUCUCAGCCCUCUGACGACUUCCAAGUGCGCUCCUCUGCCUUUGGAGGUUCAACAGGGUGGCACGGUGACGACUUGCUGUCUGGGAUGGACUCCGAGGAUGUGAGCAGCUGCACCAGCAGCCGACAGCAGGGGGUCUCAGACCUUAGUAGCACCCAGCAUACCGCAAUUCUAGAGGGCACCCAGAGUUCAGAUGCCCUGGUUGACACUAGCCUCCGUGGUUCUGAGGGAGAUGGUAACCUCAUGGGUUCUCCCAAUGUGGAAACCCUAGCCAAUGAAGAAGAGGACGAGGAUGAUGAGGAUGAGCGGGUGGACGAUAUGGAUUUGAGCUCUGAGAGGGUAGACGAACACCAUAAAGUUUUCCAGGAGCAAGGGCAAGAUGAGGAAGAGGAUGAAGACGUGGAAAUGCGCAGUGAAGGAGUGAUGGAGAGCUGUGAGAAUGAGGAUGACUUUAAUGAGGAGGCACAUUUAGAUAACCUCAAUCAAUCGGGUCCUCCGCCCUCCAUCCCUGCAUCCUCCUGGGGCCAGACCAACCCCUUCUGUGAUACCUGGGCUCAGCCAGCCUCACUGCUCUCCGUCUCCUCCCCCAGCCCUGUGUCCGACCACGGUGCUGCUGAGUCUGAAGCGCCCACCCAGUCUCCUGCCCAGGCAUGUUUGGACGUCAGCGCCCCAUCCUUUGCUCCUGAGAUGGAGCAAGAAACCAACCUUCAUCAGUCAUCAUAUGAGGAGACGAAGGGCUCAGUUCUUGCAGAGGCUCCCACCCUACUUGCUGCCCCACCUGUAGGCAUGUCCCAGUCCAGCACUCUAAGCGGCACGGCUCUGGCAGCCCAGAGCAGCAGCGAGACAAGCACACCAGAGGAACUCCGUGACUAUGACAGCAGCUCUGGAGUCGAGUCCCGCUCUGACAAGCAGCAGACCCCAGUGCCUGCUUCGGUUCAGCCUGACAUGGAGCAGGAUCUCGGUAUUCACUUAGAAAAAGGCGACGGAGAAGAGGAGGAAGCCGAGACGCUCCCCGCCGACGAGGUCCUGGGCACCGGACCCCCAACUGCUCCUGCAUCCGCCCCUUCUUCCCCUUCCACCUCGGGAGACGAGGCCAGCGAUACAGAAGGGGAGAUGCAAAUAAAUGACCCUGAAGCACCCAUGAUGGUAGAUGAAAGUGCCGGGUUUGAGAGUCCUCCUCAGACGUGUAGCCUGCCCGCUCUCGAGGAGGACGAAGAGGCUGGGGACACACCAGCUGGGGAGGGUGAGGAGGAUGGGGGCGGGGCCACCCCUCAGUCAGCCAAUUCUGUAGCGUCUUACGGCUUCGACUGCACUACAUCCAACUCCAACGCCCACUCCAUGGCUGAGAGCUGCGGGAAGAGCCCUGGAAUCUUCUCCUUGGAAAAUGAGGAGCAGCUGCCAGAGGAGGCCAAAGACCCCUCCCUCAUCAAGGAGCUGACGCUGCCACCAGCUGCCACCUCUGCCCUUGCAGAGGACCUGCUGGGCAGAUCUGUGGAUCUGAUGCCUUUGGGUCACCCGGAGGACAACCAUCCCAGUCUAGAUGACCACCACUACAUGCUGGGAGGGAAGAUUGCAGCAGACCAGCUGAAGGACAUCGAUCCAGUCGAGGCCGAGGAAUCUGGAGGCACCGGCGACAACCAGGCAUCCUACUACUCUACCAUAUCUGAUAAGACUGAUAGUUUUCUGGCAGGAGAUUGGAAGAGAUAUGAAGUGGAUGAAGCUCACAGAUGGCAAAAACACUCACAGGAAGACAACCAGAACCAGAACCACACUGCUGCAGCUCCCAUAGCGAAUGGUCACUACUUGGCAAUGGUCCCGGGCAACAGGAGGCCCAUUGAUCCGACUCUUGCUGCCCAUUUUGCCAAAAUUGCUCCCCCUCCAUCUUUGACCGUUGCUGCUGCUGAUGGUCACGCUGGCGGAGAACAGCUGAAGAGGCUGGAGCAACACCAAGAAAAGCUGAGGGAGAUGCAGCAGCGCCAGGUGCAGGAGAGGCAGAAGAGGCAGUGGCUGGAGGAAGAGCGUCUGAGGCUGGAGCAACAGAAGCAGCUGGAGAAGCAGCGCAGGGAGCUCCUCCAGCUGCAGCUGCAGCAGCAACAGCAGGAGCACCGCCACCGCAGGCAGGUCCUGCAGUGGCAGCUGGAGCUGGAGCAGCAGUACCGCAUGCAGCAGAAACAGAUCCAGCAGCAACAGCAGCUCAGGAGGAGCCCGACCGGAGUGAUGCUCUCCCCUUCCUCGGGGCUCUGCACCAUCUACGAAGCCAUGGAAACCAGCGACGAGGAGGACGAAGCCAGAGGGGAGGUGAGAAGGAGGGGGCGGUCCCCCCACCGGCAGCAGCACCUGCGCCCGGUGCCCCCACAAGAACUGGAAUGGAAUAAGAAGGUGGACAUGGUCCAGCAGCUCAUCAACCAGACCAUGGUGCUGUCUGGUGAUACAGACUGCCCUCCGCUCCUCCUCCUCCCUGUGGGGACCGGGGGCACCCUAAGCCCCCUGGAGAGCAGCAUGUGGCCCAGUUUGUUUCCCCAGUUCAGCCCUCCUACCGCUACAGUCACAUCUGUCAGCAGCUACUCCCCAGACAGCCAGGGCAGCUCCCCAAUCAGUGACUGGACUGUGGUCGAGGUGGAGACCCAUCACUGAACAAGGGAGGCGGAGAAGCACAUCAAUAAAUCGGUGCAAGGAACAGUUUCACAUAUUUAUGAAUAUCUGUUUUUAAUUUUUGGCACAGGGUUAGGUGAGAAGAUUGAUACGACUCUCACUGCUGUUCAGCUCAGUCGAGCCACAGUUAUUCUAAGAAAUUGAAAUCUACUGGCAAAGAUGGAGGGAAAUGUAUCCAAAUAAGCUCACAAAUAAAUCUGUAUGGAAGCAAAGCACAAAGACGACAACUGACCUUUAUUUGAUGGGGUUAAACGGUCCCCUCCUGUGUGAUGAACUGCUGACACCAGGAUUUGGUGUGGAUUUCUGGAGGCUCUGAGUUCAUGUGAUGAGGUUCACCGAUGGGAGGGGCUUGGAACACAAAUAGGAGAGCUGCAGGAAGCAUUUUCUACAUACAGCCACACACCAGAGCCAAAAGGGUGAUAUUGAUCUACUCGUCUAAUGCUGUGCCAAAAUCUCACGCUGUUAUUCAUGAGCAGCGUGCAUCAUACGACUGAACUCCUCUCACAGAUCUGAUCUGCUUAAUUUAAUGUGCCAUCGUUAAUGAAGCCAUACGAGAAUUUUACGGUUAAGCCGGAUACUUGAUUUAACCAUAAGACCAUACCAACCUGGUCUUCAACAGAUGUCAUUACUUGUAGUAGAACAUAUUCGCUGUAGAUGACCCCAUGUAAUUGAUUACUGUAACCCAGACAUGCAUACUGUCAUACUGUCGCCUCACAUUAGAGCAUGUUCUCCUUACCAGAAGCACUUAACAUCUGUCCUCAGCUGUCUUACUCUGAAAUGCGCUGGAUCUACUUUAGCAGCCCUGUUGUCUCUUGUGUCGUGUGGGUGCAGCGCUCCACGUUGUUGUCUCUUUUGUAUCUAGACCAAACACUGGUCGCUCUCUCAAACGAGAGACUGAGCUAUGACAAAUUGCACUGGUUUUCUACCGUUGUUUAUUCGCUGUUAUGGUAUUUGCCAAAGUAUUUAUACAGGUAAGUAGUGUUGUGUUACAUAGCCAGUACUGUUGAUAGAUGAAUAUUUUUUCUGGGCUUUUACAUCUCCCCAAAUCCCCAUAGUGAAAUACCUAAAUCGGUGUAUUGUGUCCCCCUACAAACACCAGUCUCUGCUCAGUGUUACUGUGACUAUACUCGACAAGCAGGUUUUCAUGGACUUAAUAGAGCUGUCAGUCACGGAGGAAGAGGGAGGCGUUAAGGAGAAGAAGGGCGCUCCUUGUUCUGCUGUGAGGGGUGAGGGAAGGCGUACAAGGGUGCAGGGCUGGUUGGCGGGGGGAAGAGUUGUCCCCCCUCACACAUUCCGAAGUUAUAACCUCAUUUCCUGGGUCACCCAGUGUUCAGGGAGUCUCCGAGGUUACAGAUGACAUCAUGGUGGGGGGAGAAGAAGAGGAGAUGCGGAGAUGAGACAAUGCACCCACUCUGAGGCUGUGGGGAUUGGAGGGUGGAGGGCAGGCCAAGUACCAACCUCUAUAUUUCUUUUAUUAAGUAUAUUAAUAUAGUCUGUGAAGAGUUUCUAUAUAUUUCCCUUUGUUAUCAUAUUUUUUAAAAGAGGUGUUUACUUGUAUCAGUCAGGUAAUGAGAACAUAGCAGCCUGUCUGAUAUUUAAAUGUGUUGAGUGAAGAGAAAAAAAGCACCUGUGUUUCUCUUUGUGUCUGCACAAGGUAGGUGAUGUCUGUCUGGGAUGAUCGAAGUGAAGAAACACUGCCACCUGUUGACAGCACGUGUGGCACACUGACCCAUUCUUCCACUUACACAGCCUGUGAAUCUCUUGCAGUGACAUCAUUUAAUUUGUGUUAUAGCUAAUAGGCUUUUCCUUUAUCUACUGCUACUGUAAGCAAAGUGCCCGUUUAUAUGAUUCUGAAGUAUCCUAAAUGAAUAUUGUAAAAAGCAGAUUAUAUUUCAAAGUGCAUACAGAAUAUAGUUUUCCAAAAAUAUUUGUACUACAGCUGGACUAUGCAUGUGUUAUGUGGCCUCUGCUGUCGUAUGCUUGCUUUCUAUCAUAUCAUUAAGAGUUUGUUUUUUCUGAAAAGACCAACAUACAAGCAAGCGUAACUAGUGCAUGUGUGAUUAGACUUAUAUGUGCACCUUUAUUGUCAAAGUACAGUCUACUCCGCCUCAAGCCACUUUACACAGAUAUUUUUGUGUACCUUUGCUAUUGAAUUUCAUAUGAAUCUAUACAAAAUUGCUGUUUACAUUCUCAGUAUUUUGAUAUUCAGUGUGCGAGUGAUCGUCAUCCUCUUCUUUAGUACUGGAGAAGCUUUCUUUGUUGUGCCAGUGUUCCAGAUCAUUUUAAAGUAUAAAAUGUCAAAACUUUUAUGCUUUCAAUAGUAAAUAA